AUGAAAAUACCUUACCAAACAGUUUUAACACUGAUUCCUUUAAUGGAAAACAUUACUAGUCAAUAUCCUCAAGUUAAGGAUUAUCGACACCUUGCUCGUGAAUAUGUAGUUUAUCACCAAAAUCAUACUAAUGAUAGCGACAUGCCCGAUAAGGCUAAACCAGGGGAAGAAAUUACUUACCGAGAUGUUUACACUAGCACUACUACUAAUGCUUUUCAUCUUGGUUCUAGUAUAAGAGCCGAAGGCAAAGUUGACUUAUUGUUUGGAAGUGAAAGAGUUUCGGUUGGGGUUAAUUUUGAUUGGGAUACUUCUAACACGAAUAGUGAAACUCACGAAUCAAAAAGAAAGUUCACUAUUUCAGAGGAGUUUACCUUGCCGCCACGUAGCAUAACCGAAAUUACUUUACUGAUAAAAGAAGGCAAUUAUGAUGUUGAUUUUAGUGCUGAUAUUCUUAUUGAUGAUGCUGCUUUAUUUGAGAGGGCAACCAAAUAUGAAGCCGAAGGUGAACUUAAAGGCGUUUAUGGCUACAAAAUCGACAGUAGGAAAAAAAGCAUUCCUCUCAAUAAUACUACUCCUACCAAAACGGCUACAAAAACAAUAACUGAAACAUUUACCCAAACAGCAACCCCUACUAACCAAGUUAAUCAUUUAGCAGUUAAUAAAUAUUCCUCAGCCG